UGAAUGAACCGGAAGCUGACAGUUAGCAUACAAUAGCUAAAGUAGCCAGUGUGUGUGUGAGUGUGCGUGUUUGUGUUUAGGUGUGAAGAUGUUACCUUUAUCUAUUAAGGACGAUGAGUACAAACCCGCUAAGUUUAACCUGCUGGUAAAGAUUUCCGGAUGGUUCAGGUCUAUCCUUUCAGAUAAAACUUCCAGAAACCUGUUCUUCUUCCUCUGCCUCAAUCUUUCCUUUGCCUUCGUGGAGCUCAUGUUCGGGAUCUGGAGUAACAGUUUAGGGCUGAUCUCGGACUCCUUCCAUAUGUUCUUCGACUGCACCGCUCUGCUGGCGGGUCUUGCGGCCUCUGUCAUCUCCAGGUGGAGGUCCAACGACAGCUUCUCCUACGGUUACGUCAGAGCUGAGGUAUUGGCUGGCUUUGUCAACGGACUCUUCCUCAUCUUCACAGCGUUCUUUAUCUUCUCUGAAGGAGUAGAGAGAGCUCUGGAGCCUCCUGACGUCCAUCACGAGCGGCUGCUCCCUGUCUCUGUGGCCGGCCUCCUGGUGAAUCUGGUUGGGAUCUUUGUUUUCCAGCAUGGAGGCCAUGGGCAUUCACACGGAGAAGGAGGCCACGGUCACAGCCACUCUCUGUUCAAUGGCAGUGUAAAUCAUGGACACAACCACCACAGUAAACCCGAAAGACAUGGUCACAGUCACGAACACGGAGGUCACGGACACGGAGGUCACGGACACGGAGGUCACGGACACGGAGGUCACGGACACGGAGGUCACGGACACAGCCAUGCAGACCCACACUGUCACGAUGAGCUGCAGAACACGCCGGGGAAAGGAGCCAGUAAACAGAUCCUGCAGGGAGUUCUCCUACACAUUAUUGCAGACACUCUGGGCAGCAUCGGUGUGAUCGUCUCAGCUCUGCUGAUGCAGAAAUACGACUUGAUGAUUGCUGAUCCAAUCUGCUCCAUGCUCAUCGCUAUCCUCAUUGGAGUCAGUGUGGUGCCAUUAUUAAGAGAGUCCAUCGGGAUCCUGAUGCAGAGAACCCCCCCCUCUCUGGACCAUACGCUGCCAGACUGUUACCAGAGGGUGCAGCAGCUCCAGGGAGUGUACAACCUGCAGGAACCUCACUUCUGGACUCUGUGCACAGACGUUUACAUUGGGACAUUGAAACUACUGGUUGGACCUGAUGCUGAUACUCGCUGGAUCCUCAGCCAGACGCAUCACAUCUUCACACAGGCCGGCGUUCGGCAACUUUACAUCCAGAUUGACACAGCAGCCAUGUAGAAGCUCCUCCUACUUUAACACCUGGGACCAAUGAGCUGCUGCAGGCUCACCUGUGACUCCACUUCCCCCACAGACAUAGACCAGGAUCAGGCAGGGAUACUGAGAACCUAAUGAACUCAAACAGCCCCUCCCCCACCUGUUCUUGUGACACCCCGAACCCUGAAGCAAAGCAUUCUGGGUAAGUGCCUUCAUCUCAAAUCAGAGACAAUCUGAGCCCCACCCCUUAGUGACAUCAAUUUUAGGACCAGAUGCUGUCAGCCAAGGUACUUGUGAUGUCACUGUUUUUAAAUGUGACGUUUUUUAUUUCAACUGUAAUAAAUGCAGCUUAAUUUCUAUCAUAUCAGUUUUUCAAAGUGUUAUGGUGCUUCAGCAGGAGAGGACAAGGGCACAUCAGGUCAUGUUCCCAAGGAUUCCAAAUCUUUGUAUCCUAAAUUACUAAUUGCUUGGUCCAGCCUUUACAAUGAGAUAAAAAUGACAUCAGCAUCCGAGAGUAAAAACUAAGCUGGUUGGUAGGAAACGACCACUGGGACUGGAAGUCAGCACUGGCUGGUUGAGCAAGCUGCUUUAAUUGCUUUGACUGUGUGAAAAUAAAAAUGAAAAAGGCGUUUAACCGGA